AUGGCACAUGAUAUUUGUCAUCUGCCUGAACCUCCGGAAAAUUUGACACUUAAUAUUAGACCCUUCGAAAGGGUUCAUACUUGGGAGAAAAUUUCAAAGUGUGACAAGUACACAGCUGCGGCUAGAAGCAAACACACGUUGGUCGCUUACAAAGAUGUAAUUUAUAUUUUCGGUGGUGAUGGAGAGAAAUCUUGGCAUGUUGCUCAUUCGUUUAAAGCUCCUACUCCGAGAUACCAUCAUUCGGCCGUGGUUCAUGAAAAUUCUAUGUACGUUUUCGGUGGAUAUACAGGUGACAUUCAUUCAAAUUCUAAUUUGACAAACAAAAACGAUUUGUAUGAAUACCAAUUCCAAACAGGCCAAUGGCUGGAAUGGAACAUUGUUGGAAAGGGGCCAGUUGCUCGGUCGGCACACGGAGCCGUUGUGUACGAUGAAAAGAUGUGGAUUUUUGCCGGAUAUGACGGUAAUGCAAGACUGAAUGAUAUGUGGACAAUACCACUUGUUGGUGGAUUUCCAAAAACUUGGACUAAAAUUACUCAGAAUGGAGAAUGUCCCCCCACAUGUUGCAAUUUCCCUGUUGCAGUUGCUCGCGAUAGUAUGUUUGUUUUUUCCGGUCAAAGCGGUGCUAAAAUUACCAACAAUCUUUUUCAGUUUAAUUUUAAAGAUUAUACAUGGAUUAGAAUAUCAACUGAUCACAUUCUAAGAAAAGCACCUUCUCCACCUGCCAGGAGGUUUGGUCACACUAUGAUUGCAUAUGAUAGGCAUUUGUAUGUGUUUGGAGGGGCUGCCGAUGGAAUAUUGCCAAAUGAUUUACAUUGUUAUGACCUAGAUACUCAAACUUGGUCUAUUAUUACCCCAUCAUCUGACAGUCAAAUUCCAAGUGGAAGAUUAUUUCAUGCUGCAGGUUUAGUUGGUGAUGCCAUGUAUGUAUUUGGAGGUACAGUAGAUAACAAUGUGCGAACUAAAGAAAUGUACAGAUUUCAAUUAUCUUCUUAUCCGAAAUGCACUCUGCAUGAAGACUAUGGAAGAUUAUUGGACAACAAAGAAUUUUGUGAUGUUGAAUUUUUAUUAGGACCAAAUGAAGAAUGUGUUAAAGCACAUAUAGCAUUAGUUACAGCCAGAUCAAAACCUCUAGCUAACAUUAUAAGACAAGAACAAAUUAAUCAGAAUAAAAAAAGUUGCACACCAGAUAAUUGUAAAAUAAUAAACUGUGAUACUCCUAUUCAACUAAAAUUACCAGAAGCAGUUCCUGAAGCUUUUAAAAUGGUUUUAAGUUUUAUUUAUAAAGAUGAAAUAGAUCCUACAAAAUUAGUCGAUAAUUUAGAAUCGAAAAAAAUUGUCUUGUUAAUUAUGGAUGUUUUUAAAUUAGCUUGUGAAUUGGAAUUAAAAAGAUUACAGCAAUUAUGUAUGCAGUAUUUAGAAAACACAUUUAAUCAUCAAAAUGUUUUGUCUGCAAUGCACUAUGCAUCAAAUUUGAAAUUAAACUUUGUUAAAGAAUAUUGUUUGAAAUUUAUUGUUAGAGAAUCAAACUUUACUCAAAUAGUUAUGAGAGAUGAAUUUGAAACUGUAGAAAAAGAAUUAAUGAUAGACAUAAUAAGGAGGAGACAAAUGCCUGAAGUUUUUAAAGGCAAUGAAAAUAAUGUUGAAAAUGUUGGAACCAGUUUAGAGGAGGAUUUAGAGGCAUAUCUGAAAAAAGAGGGAGAAGAUUUUUGUGAUAUUAUUUUAAAAGUAGAAGAUACUCAAGUCCCUGCUCACAAAGCUAUUUUGGCAGCUAGAUGUGCAUAUUUUCAAUCCAUGUUUAGAUCCUUCAUGCCUGCCGAUAAAACUGUUAACAUUCAAAUCGGUGAUAUCGUUCCAUCCAAACAAUCCUUUGAUUCUUUACUUAGAUAUAUUUAUUGUGGUAAUAUUAAAAUGUCUCCAGAGGAUUCCCUUUAUUUAUUUUCAGCUCCUUAUUUUUAUGGUUUCUCAAAUAAUAGAUUAAAUGCAUUUUGCAAACAAAACUUAGAAAUGAAUGUUAGUGUAGAUCAUGUUUUACCCAUUUUAGAAGCUGCUGAUAGUAUGUGUGCAAAUGAUAUGAAAAAAUAUGCCCUCAGACUGAUAGUUCAAAAUUUUUCUAAAGUUGCAAGGUCAUCCAAAAUGAAAACAUUAAACAAAGAAUUGUUGUUAGAUAUUUUAGAAGCUUUAGCAACUGAAAUGAGUGACUCUAAGUCGUAA